AUGCCUGAUUGAAUUCUUCACUAUUUAAGGCAAGAGAAGGGGAUAGAGCUUCAUGCAUUGAGAAGACUAGUCUGUCCAGGAAAGGGAUCCAGAUUUGACAUACUGUGGGUGUGGAAGUGGAAGGGACCGUAUUCGUAGAAAAUUCAUCAAGCUUGCAACUGGAAGUUCAUUCAGUUUAGAAAAAAAGCUUUACCACUUGAGCCUUUUCAGUGUGUAACCAAAAUUGAAGUCUACAAAGAAAAACAAAGCAGAGAACUAUUAUAGGAUUUAUACAGUCUUUAUGUCUUCUUUAAAUAACUUGUAAUGCUUUUUUCAGAAUGAAAAAUGAUUUUUGGAAUCAAACGUGCCUUUACUUUUAUAUACAGUGUAUACACGGAUUGUACAUAGCAAAGCCGGUGCCAAUUGCCUUAGGAGAUUUCUCCCUAGUAUUCUGUGCCUUGGAACAGCCUUUUCUAGCUUUAAUCUUGUCAGAGUCCAAUAUAAAUGGGCAAUAGGAAUUCAGUAAUUAACUUCUUAUUCCCCCCCCCCCCCCCCUUAUCCACUAGUGUGAGGAUGUGUGCUUGCUACUUGCAUGUUUUGAAAAGGAAGUGGGCGUUGUGGGGGGAUCACUGCCUGGUUGCUAUUCAAACCUGACUGCUAAUGUUUAAUGAGCAUUUUCCAUUAUCUGUGAUGGCUUAUAAUUCUCUUGCGUGGUAACAUGGCUGCUUCUUUAACCUCUUGGUGCUCGCUGCACAAUUUUUCAGACACUUAAGCCAACCUGUUAACAAUGGCAAUAAAAUAAUUCUCGUCUGUCUGUGUAAAAGACUGUUUUAUCUUGUAAUAAUGUAUGUCUUUUUUUUAAAAAAAAAACAAUUACCGAUGUAAUGAUGUCUGAAACACUUUUUAAAAGUGCUAUUUUUGUACAAAGAUUUAAAAUAGUUUGGCUCCUUUGUAUACUGAUUACAGUUUUUUAAAUGAAAGGAAUAAACAAGUAUCUACAGAGCUUGUAUUUAAUCUGGCUGGCCGAAUGGAUUGUCUGCGUUUUUCCAUUUUGCACAAUUGUUUUGUGAUAUGUGUUUUGAGUUUCAAAUUCUUCCCUUCAAUUUUCACACGUUGCUUGGGUUACUUUAUGUUGAUCAUCUCAUAUUUUGUAGAAUGCUGACCUUGACUGUUCUUUUAUAUCUCCAAAACAUUUAACAGGCGAAACCUAAAAUACUGUGUUGUAAAGUUUGUAUUAGUAUCAGACAUUCUAAUUUAAAAGUUACAUUUGGUAAUUGCCAGGACUUUCUUCACAUUACCCUCUGGCUCUACAGUUUUCUAGCAGUUUUUCACAUAAAUAUGUACUGCACACAUCUUUCAAACAUACCUAACACAUUCUUAAAUUUAAACUGAUCAUUUUAGUUUGUUACUGCUUGUACUUAGUGUGUAGUAGGAUAUGAGCAUUAUGACUGUAGUCCUGUAAAGUAUAUAUGUGUACAUGUGUGUGUCAAACAAUGGCCUUUUCAGGCUGGCCGUGAAUCACUCUGUUGAGAUGAGAUGAAGUCUUAAAUUAUAAGGGCAUCCCACUGGAUUGAUACAGUUCUAUAUCCAGUGAUUCUAGUGUCAAAUCACUGAAAUGACAUAGAACUAUAAAACAGAACAGAAAAAAAAUACACGCCAUAGGAAGUGGUGACACUGUCAUGCCAUUGUCUGGUCUAUACAGAAAGAAAAGUAAUUUAUCUAAGGAUUUGAAAAUAGUACAAUAGAUUAGUCCAUGAUGCUUAUUUUUACUUCAGUAUACAUUAUCUACUUGGCCUUUGAAUAUAGAAUAUUGCAUGGGUAUAUGCUAGAAGGGAAAUGAUGCUGUGUGUAUUAUAUAUCAUUAGACUUCAUUGGACCAUCUGGUGAAGCUAGGUGGGCAUUUGAUUCAUUUGAUUCAAUUAUCAGUAUCAUACUGAUGUUCUUGAGCAAAAAGUGUGAAAUCAAGACACUCAACAAACCGCUAAAGCAUUGAUGGUGAAAUUGUGGAUCUCCAAACAUUGGAUUCUAAACUCACCAAGUCUUAGCAUUGCUGUGCACAAGACUGAUGGAUGUUAUGAUUAUCUUGACUUACAGAUUCCCUAUUCCAGUAAAUUUUGUAUUGGUAGAACUUUUCUAUAUACUUCCACUAGCAUCUCAUUCGACCGUAGAAAUGGAUGAAUGAAAAGAGAUAGAUAGAUACCGCCACUUGAGAUGUAUCAAUGCUGUUCAAGUGAUGUUUACCAUUCCUAAGUAUAUACAGAUAGAAGUCAUGGGCAGGACGCUGAUGAGAGCCAGGAGUGGUGAAGUGCUGUGUCUACAUUGAGGCUGCUUUAUCGUUCAGAAGUUACAACACAACAGUGUUGCCAACCGCAGUAAGAAAAGUGGAGCUGGUAAUCUCACUUUAUGCCAGUUUUUUUUUUCCGUGUCAGGAGCAACCUGAGUUUGCUUCUGGUGUGAGAGAAUUGGCCGUCUGCAAGGACAUUGCCCAGGGGACGCCCUGAUGUUUUGAUGUUUUACCAUCCUUGUGGGAGGUUUCUCUUAUGUCCCCGCAUGGAGCUGGAGCUGAUAGAGGGAGCUCAUCCGUGCUCUCCCCGGGUGGGAUUCGAACCUGGCAGCUUUCAGGUCAGCAACCCAACCUUCAUGUCACAAGGCUUUUAUCCCCUAGGCGACCGAGGGCUCCUCUUUAUGCCAGUUAAAGAAGUGUUUACACAGUCAAUGUCUACUCAUUGACAUUAGCUGUUCAGAAGCGCCUGUGAGGAGAAACCUGGGGAACUUUGUAGAAACAUCUAUUCAGAUGCUGUUGCUACUGGGGGAGAAAGCUGAUAAAAAGAGUUUUAAUCCACUGUCAUAGCUGAAAUGUUACUGUUUAAUCAUCUCAGGAUUCCUGUUUGCUAAGCAUGCAUGUAUUAAGAUAAGCCUCAAAACACAGCACCACUCUGAACCCAGCUCCAAGGUGAGAUGUAAAUACCAGAGAUGAAGGGGGUUUGUAAGGAAGACAUAUUUCCAAUCCAGAUUCUAGAUUUCACUUCUUCCAUAAGAAUAUUGUGAAAGCUCUAAAGGAAGGCUAACCUGAUAACAGCACUAGGAAAUAACAACACAUUUGGGGGGGGGGGGGGUGUCAAAUUUUGGCUGGCUCCAACUAUAUCCUUUUCGUUUGUAUUUAAAUGCAAAAGCAAAGACUUCCACUAUUUAUAAAUACAUAAACACCCCUAGUUUCACCCUGUCUCAACUUGAUUCUCUGCUGUAGCCCAACAGCUAUAUCAGUAGCUAUCCAUUCAUUUAAUACAUGUCCCACCUUUCUCCCCAAAUGUAGUUCAAGUGUUACCGAAACCCAGAACCCUAAAAUUCACAACCCAGAGAGGUCAGAUCAGAUGGCCACAGAAGGUCCCGCCCGGCUGAUGACCUUUCCCCCACAUACAGUUACACAACCACCCAGAGGGGAGACAUGGGGCUAAUCCCAUUCCUCUGGGCAGUUGACACCCCCCCCCCCCCAUGAUCAUCUUCCCUGGCCUACAGUGAACCCCUCCACCCAACAAUGAAUUGAUCCCUAGCCAGCCCGAAAGGUCCUCGAGUCACCAUCAAGGUGUGUUAGCACCCCAUCUCCCAUCCAGGGCCAGUUGUGAGAUCUUGGCUGACAGUAUUAAAGUCCAUCAACCUUGGAUCUUCCCCACAUUGUCUCCAACACCCAAAGAAGGCAGACACAGAAAACAGCCACAAGAUCCAACUGAGCAAUGACAUUUAUUAAAUUUCCUGCCAGACUAGGGAAUCAACUGCAGCAGUGGAUGGUGCACCACCAAUCAGCAUGCUAAUUGUACUUUGCACCAUUCCGGAGCAAAAAUCCAUUCUUUGAAUUGCUGUCAAGUCUCUAUAAAUGUCUAUGUAUCCAUUGCUUUAUGUCUGAUUUGAAAGUGCUUUCUCUCCAACAACCACUUUUGGCCGAAGUGAAUAAAAUACCUGGCCCUUGCCUUCACGCUGCCGUGUCUCAUUUCAGAAUGGCGUACAGGUAUACUGGGAACUUGAACCCACGGUGUAGCAGAGCUGAAAUGACAACACAUGGCAUUCAGUUAAAAAAAAAAAGUGGACACAAAACUUAGGGACCAAGGUCUAUAGCCAGUCUCCCUAGUUCACCCCAGGGCUUGCUAGAAUGUCCUUAUGUUGAAGUCGGCAAUAUGUGGUGGGAAUGUUUUAUGGUUUUUUUCAUGUCAGCCCUAUCUCAGCUCUAUUUUUGAUGACAUGCAUAGAAAAAUCUUCUAAUCUGUAAGGCAACAAAUUUAAAUGAACUUUUCAUGGUAAUAGAGUGUUAUCCCCUUAUCUACUGAUUCAAUAUCCAUGGUUUCACUUAUUUGCUAUUCAAAUAAAUAUCCUCCCUCUUCCCCAACAGUGUUUGUGGGUCUCUGUUGGUCUUCCAGUGUGAUUUUAUGUUAUGCUUCCAGUUCAAGCAUCGUCAAAUAUAUAGUUCACUUUUGUCCAUGAUUUCAGGUAUCAAUGAGUAGUCUUGGAAUGUAUCCCAUGUGGAUGUAGAGAUACAGAUUGACUGACUUAGUGUAGUCACAUAUACCAUAUCUACAUUUAUCAAAAUGUUUUUAUUAUCUAUAUUUUGAUUUUAUGUGCUUUUGUGUUUAUACGUGUUUUUGUUUUAUAGCAGGCAGUAAGAGCUAUUUCAAAGAAGAGGAAUCGACACUAUGGGCAGAGGUAGAACUAUGCAGCUAGGCCAUAACAAACUUUAGGACAUUUAUGGGCCAUAGUCCUGUGCUAUACUUUGAACAGUAGGUAUGUUAUUGCAAAUAGACGCUCACUUCCCAGCUUAGAACAGGCAUCCUUAACAAGACCUUAGCUAAUAGGGAUUUUAUGAGUAUAAUGAAGGCUGAAACGGGGACUUUCUAUAUACAAACUUAUCACAGAGCCAUCAUCUUUCCUCAAAGAAAAACAAAUUCCCUUCCCAGACCCCUUGGUAAAGGAGGGAAUUGAAAUGUGAAAAACAAUUAUUGGUGACAUCAGGAGAGAGAAAUGCAUGAUUAUAUAUAGUAGUUGCAAAAAUACAAAUAAUUUUCUUAAACUGAGCAGUGAGGAAGAGGAAGAGUUGAUUUCACAGUCUUGAUUUAACUUUGGGCACUGAAUAAUAGCAAGUGAAACAGGUCUCUUAAUACAUAGUCUGGUGUGUGUGUUUGCAGUUUAAUCUUGAACAGAAUCCUCUGAGUGGGUCUUUAAACUUUGUUGAUAAUCAUAUUCUACCCCCAGACAGUUCUUUGCCUCCCACAGUUUCUACUCCCACAAAUACUUAAACCUGAAAUGGUGUCCUUGGCCUACCUAGAAUUGAGUUUUUGUGAGGGAGUGAUUUUUCCGGAAUGAACGCAGCUGCUUCAUUCUGUGAGCCCAACCAUGCUGGCUUUAAGAUUCAUCUUGUCCUUCCUUGGCUUUAUGUGCAACCCCCUCCCUCCAUCACUAGCUCACAACAACUAGCCCCAUCCCACUUGCUGUAGCUGGCCCAAGUCCUUCCCACCUGGGAAGGAGGGACUCCAAAGUGGGCAAAGUGGGUUGGUCAGCCUACCCAGUUCAGGUCCUGCUGAAAAGUACAUGGGGUCUGGGCGCUCACUUUGGCCUGGCUGGCUGCUGGUCCUGGCUUCCCAGGGAUGGCACACAAGUGUGGCUGAAAAACGUAGCUGUCUCUCCUAUGGAUCUGAUGCUCUGACCAACGGCUUGGAACACCUCCAUGGCUUAAUCUUGGAUGGCGGCCGUAACGGCACCAUUCAAUGCCCUCAUAAUCAAUGCUGUUUCGGCAUCUGGAACCUUACUCAGGGGCGCCUCCAAGUCAAGGUGCAAGGUUGCUGGAUCAGUGAAGAGGACAGCUGUGAUUCUCCAAACUGCGAGUUCCGGUCCGCUGCUGGCUUGCUGUCCUGUAGGUGCCGUUCGGAUCUGUGUAAUGCUAAUAUCAGCUACAUUGAACCCAGAGAGAAGCAGGCUGUGUCUUGGCUUGAUUCAAAGACCUUCUGGCUCAUCGCAGCUGUUUCUCCCCUGUUCUUCCUGGGAUGUCUGGUGUUUCUAGGUGUUGCCGUUCACAGGUGCAGGAAAGUCCCUGCAGAAUCAUUGAGCACAGAAGCAACUAUGGAGCUUGCUAAUGUCCCUGCUGCAGGCCCAGAGCACAAGGAGAAGAGGAAACUUCCCAGACAAGAGCUUACAGGCCUACAGUUCAUUCAGGUUCUGCAUGAAGGACAGUUCUCCAGACUGUGGCAAGGAUCGUUCCGCCAGCAGCCCGUGGCCAUCAAAGCCUUUUCCCCUCUGUGCCGCCGGCAGUUUACGUCUGAGUGGGCCAUGCACAGCCUUCCACUGAUGGACCAUGACAACGUGGUACGGCUAGUGGCUGCUGGGUAUGGAGAACCAAACGAGGAACAUGGUGGUCUCUUGGUGCUGUCUCUGUACCCAUUGGGAUCCCUUCGAAGUUUCCUCAGCCAGCAUAUUUGUUCCUGGGAAAUUACUAUCCGGCUAGGAUCUUCCCUUGCCAGUGGCCUUGCUUUCUUGCAUGGGCAGCAGUGGAAAGAAGGAUUACAUAAGCCUGGAGUGGCACACCGAGACCUGAGCAGCCAGAAUGUGCUGGUGCGAGAAGACAGGACUUGCGUCAUCACUGAUUUUGGCCAUGCCAUGACUUUGCCUGUGUCCUAUGAGCGGCUCAAAGCAGGCCCCACAGAAGGCAUCGUGCACAAGGUAGGCGCCCCACGCUACAUUGCACCUGAAAUUCUGGAUGAAAGCCUGAACCUGCAAGACUUGGGGUCAGCACUGAGACAGGCGGACGUCUACUCCCUGGCCCUGGUGUUAUGGGAAAUCCUCAUGAGAUGCUCAGCACUCUUCCCAGCGAACAAUGUCCCUGACUUCCAGCUUGCCUAUGAAGCAGAACUUGGCCGUAAUCCUACAUACAGCGAGUUGUGGGAGUUGGCUGUCAAAGAAAGGGGAAGGCCAGCCAUUCCUCUGGCUUGGAAAAGGACUGGUCUGGUUGCUGUUUGCCUACAGGAGCUCCUAGAGGACUGCUGGGACCCUGAACCAGAAGCUCGACUGCAAGCUGAGUGUGCCCAGCAGAGACUACAGAGGUUGGGCACUGAGGAUCUGGCACAAGAAGAUUGAGAUCAGAGCGCAUUAUGCUUUGCACUGUACCAUUAGGAGGGCUCUUUUGCCAAGAAGAACAAGAGGCCCUUAAGGAAAUUCCUUCUCAAUAGGAUCCUAUCUAGAGUCACCAAAGUGAAGUAGAUAUGUUCCUUUACAAUUCUCACAUGAAUUGUUGUUGUUAAUUGCCGUCAAACUGACUUUGACUUAUGAUAACCCUAUGAAUGAGAGACCUCUCUAUCACAGCAACACAGUGAUUCCAGCCGUGAAAGCCUUCGACAACACAUUGACCUCUCUGUCUUUAACAGUCCUGCUCAGGUUGCAGACUCAGGGCUGUAGCCCUUUGAUUGUACAUGUCCUCUUGCCUUCUAUCUUUCUAGACAUGUAUGCCUUUUCUAGUGAGUUAUGUCUUCUCAUAAUAUGUCCAAAGUCCAAACGCCUUAGUUUAGUCAUCUUGGUUUGUAGAACUGAUUUGCUCUUGGAUCCAUUUAUUUGUCUUUUUUAAAGCAACCUACACUAUCCAUAGAAUUCUUAUUUAGCAUCACAUCUCAAAUGAGUUUGUUUUCUUCUUAGCAGCUUUUUUCACUGCCCAGGUUUUACAACCAUAUAUAGUAAUGGGAAAUGUGGUGACAUGGACAAUCCUGACUUUAGUGUUAAAUGAUAAAUCUUCACACUUCAGUACCUUAUCUAGUUCCUUCAGGGCUGCCCUUCCAAGUCCUAGACUUCUUCUGAUUUCUUGACUGCGGUCUCCAUUCUAGUUAAUGACUGAGCUAAAGUGUGGAAAAAUUUGAACUAUAUCCCAAUAUCUUCACAUCUACUUUAAAGUUAUGUAAAUAAUGUUAUAGAAAUGGAUUUGAAAGUCCACGUGUAAUGCAUACCAAAGGAAGGGCUGGAGCCCCAGCCAAGAUAACUAAUCCUUAGUGUGUGGUCCUGUUGUGUGUAGGGAGAAGGAGACGUGGUGUGAGAGAGGCAUGAGAGAGAAAGAAUGAAAGGAAAAGAGAGAGAGAAAAUGAAAGCAUGGAGAAGAGAGGAUUGGGAGAAAGGGAAUGUGUCAAUGUCUUUAUGAUGACAGACCCUACUAUUCUGCCCACUGAAAUCACUGUCUUAUUUGCCAAAAUGAUUUGCAGUUUCUGUUCCUUUAAGGCUGUUGAAAUAUGUGUGUGUUUGUGUACUGUGCACCUUGGUGUGUGUGGCAUUCCGCUGGCUGCCAAAUAUCUUGGCUUGCAUUGAUAUUUGUUUGAAAGGAUGGAUAAUGGGCAUGUAAGGUAGAGAGUAUGAAGUGCAAUGAGGAUCUUAAACCUAAAAUAAUCUGUAGAACACUUUUCCCCAUAAAUCUAGAUAAUACUUGCAGCUUCCACAGGGGCCUGCCACAACAGUUGUCGGCAUUGUCAUGAAUGUUUCCCUGACAAUGGUCUGUCUAACAUUUGACAGAACACACUUUCUGUACAUACAGAUAUCUGUGCAGAAUGCCCAUAGAUGUCAGAAGAGAUCUUUUUCGCCAGGUCUAGAAGCUCUCUGCAUCAAUAAAUAUGCUCAAGCAGAGAACUCUUCAAGUACAGUAGAGUCUCACUUAUCCAACAUAAACGGGCCGGAAGAACGUUGGAUAAGUGAAUAUGUUGGAUAAUAAGGAAGGAUUGAGGAAAAGCCUAUUAAACAUCAAAUUAGGUUAUGAUUUUACAAAUUAAGCACCAAAACAUCAUGUUAUACAACAAAUUUGACAGAAAAAGUAGUUCAAUACGCAGUAAUGCUAUGUAGUAAUUACUGUAUUUACGAAUUUAGCACCAAAAUAUCACGAUGUUUUGAAAACAUUAACUACAAAAAUGCGUUGGAUAAUCCAGAAUGUUGGAUAAGUGAGACUCUACUGUAACAUUAAAAUUAUGGUUGUCUAUAGCAGCAGUGUAUAAUGGGGGUCAUGUGUUAACCUGUGCAAUUUUGUGUGAUGGUAUCAUCAGGAUUCUGUUACUGAUCUUAAAAGAGAAAGUGGGGUCACUCUGGGUCCAACCACUACAAGGUGAUUCUUUCAGGUUAUCUCUGAAUGAAUGCUGCCCUUUGUGAUUGUAGUUGUGAUAGCGAGGUUGAACACUCGUACUCUAAAGUGAGAGAAAGAAGUUUCCUUUUGAACUGUAGCUUCCUGUUUGUAAUCCUGUACUCACUAAACCCAGAGAUACAUACUUCUUAACAGAGAUGUGUAUGUUUGUGCUAUCACUCUGACUUGAUGGAGAGCUUUACAUGAGAUUGUGAGGUUUGAUGCUGAUUUGAGUGCCAUUUGGAGGAGCCAUCCAGAGGAAGAGUUAAGCCACCUGUUCAAUUCUGACAGUUUAUAACACCAGUUUCUCGCAGCAGCUAUAAGAGUCAGGUGCAAGCCAAUAUUAGAAGGUUCCCAGCUAUGUCCUGUUUUCUGUGUUCUUUUCCACUGAGACUAAUUUAUCUUCCUCAUGCCAUGGAUAGAGUAUGUCCACCUCUUUCUUUAUAAGUAGAUUUUGCUUUAACCACAUAUUCCCAGAAUGAUUGCCCUGUAUUUCUGUCUUCUGAUAGUUGAAUCCAGUGAUUUACAGUUGCACUGGAUUAGCAUGUGUGACAGGUCUAGAAACUACUUCUGUGCCCUGAAAGCCCUCUGGCAGCCACACAGACUUGUCAGAAAUAAAGUAGCCCCUGAAGUGGCCAAAAGCUGAUUUGCAGUUCUCGAAAAUAUUUUUUAAGGUUAAAAAGUAAAGGUAGGCCUUGCAACCUAUUUAAAAAGUAACUUAAUGCAUCUUGCAGCUUACAGGAGCAACAGUUCUCCUGCCCCCCCCCCCAAAAAAAAAGAGUUGGGAAGUUUAAAAAGUUUUUGAAAAGACAAAGUGGGAAGAAGGACCAACAAUGCAUACCAACUAGGAGCAUGGACAAACAACCAUAAAUAACCUUUAAGACUAAGGGGAGGGGAGGAUUAUGUGACCUAGAAAUUGUUGUUUAACGUGAAUAAUCAUAAGUAAUAUUUCACAAUUAGGGGUUACUGGGUUUUAUAUGCUUUGUAAUUGGUUAAAGCAGUGGUUCUCAUCCUGGGGUCCCCAGAUGUUUUUGGCCUUCAACUCCCAGAAAUCCUAACAGUUGCUAAACUGGCUGGGAUUUCUGGGAUUUGUAGGCCAAAAACAUCUGGGGUCCCCAGGUUGAGAACCACUGGGUUAAAGAAAGGACUACCUCUGGAUCAGGAGGAGUUAAGAGCUGGGAGAUACUAUCCUUUAGCCUUUAUUAUUAAAUACAGAAUUUGAAAGAAAGGGGCCACAUUUCCCUAAUGUUGCUCAACACAAUUUUUGUUGUUAGUGGGGAAGACUUGAUCUAUUUCUACUACUUUACUAAAUUGUUAUUGGUUGCUAGGUCCCCAAGUAACCCAUUAACACAAGUUGACUGUGGUCUAAGCAGUAUGUGUGUCCCAUAUUACCAUAAUGAAGUGAGUUCCCCCACUGAUAAGUGAUCAGCAGUAUUGUGCUAAAAUAAUUAAGAUGGAGAAGGUAGGGAAGACACCUUCUCAGCCAUUCCUCCCACGGAUAGGAGGGAGGAAUUGUGUUCCAGAUGGGGAGGGAAGGGAAGGAAGGGAACAGUUAUGCACAACUAUCACAUAAGGAGAAUUUAAAUCAUGAAGAUUUUAAAAGUUAAUAAAUUAAAGGUGGAUGGGUGAUUUAAAAAUUAGUGAAUGGUUUGGAGUCAGUAGUAAAAAGACAUAGGUGUGACGCCCCUGGCUGCGUGAGCACUGGAAACCAAUACACUGAGGCCAAUAAACAAUCUAAUAUCUUUAUUAAGGAAUUAAGGAAUUAAAAUGAAAACAAGUAGAAAAUAUAGUCCAUCAAUAGACCUUUCAGGGAAGGUCAAAUAUAGUCCAGUAAUAUAUUGUCCAAUAUAUAAUAUUAGAGUUUAAAGUUGUAAUCCAAAAAACCGAAACACAAUCAAACUUCCAAGCAGUUUGAGUGGGGAAAACGUCCAAGUCUUUCACUAGAGUUCAGUACACGUCCUAAGGCAAGUAACUGGAAACAAGGCUGGAUACACGGCACGGCAAAACAAGACUGGAUUCACGGCAAGACAAGUCAAGGAACAUGGCUUGGCAAGGCACGAAAAGGCUGGAAGACAGUGGACUUAAACGCAGUCCAUACUUGGCUGGAAGCGAGGUUAAUCCUCCAAUUCACACAUUGACUCCGCAAGGACUAGCCGGUGCGGGGAACUUUUAAAGAACUUCAAAUCAUCCUGCAAAGCAGGUGUCCAAUGUUCCUUUUCCCAAGGGAAAAGAACUGAAACAACAUCUUCGGCCAGAUGCGAUCCUCCCUAAGAACUCUCAGGGGAAACGAGCAAAUUAGCGCUCUGUCUAGCCGCUAAUCGGGCGCUUUUUCGUGUUUGCGCUUUCUCUGAGCGGCUAGUCUCCCAAAAUUCCCUUCUCGCAAAGGGGGGAGAGGUGCUGGGAAUAGGCGCCUGUUCAAGGUCCUUUUUAAUGAGCUCCGGGCUAGAAUUGUCAACAAAAGGCAUCUGGAAAGGAACAACCUCUUGCUGAAACGGCAGAAAUCCCAUUUCCUCAUCACUUUGAUCCAUAAUGGCGCCAUGGUCACGACCCAGGGGCCCAUGGGACAUCACAGUAGGCUAAGUAAACCCUUAAUAGAAAAUCAAAUAAAUGUUGCUUUUUUGCAAGAGAACCACAAAAAAGGGAGAUCAAAAUGGUUAAACUUCACUAACUGGGGAAUUCAGUUUGAAUUUAGGGGUACAAACAAAUCUUGGGGGAUCGCCAUUAUCAUAUGAGAUGAGCUUGAUUCUGAGGUACAAAAAAUAAUUACCGAUGUGGAUGGGAGGUUUAUAAUGGUAAGAGGGAAAAUAAAUAAUUGCAGUUUCAUUAAUUACUGUUUAUGCCCCCAACCAGAAUAAAAUAAGAUUCAUUAAUAAAACUUUUUAAAAAAUAGAACAGGAGGUAGUGGGGGAUAUAAUCAUUGGAGGGGGCUUGAACCUUGAUUUAUAUAAGAAGAGGAAGAAAGGGGGGAGAGGUAACUUUGGGAAAGUAAGUAAAAUUAAUUUCAAGAAAUGGAAUAUUCUGUCUCUUGUCUUAAAAAGUCUAUAGGAGUGUGCCAUAAAGCAGGCAGUGUAGACUUACUGGGCCUAACUCCUUCAAGACCCAAGUAAGUAAGGGGCCUCAUAAUUUAACUAGCACAGGGUCCUGCCAUUCUCCAUUGUCUUCUCUAUAUUGUUGAACUGUCCUUUUCUACUGCUUUAUUUCCUCCUGAAUUUAAACGUACCACUGUUUUUCCAUUUCUUAAGAAGCCUAUGCAUGAUCCAUCUUCUCUUUCUAAUUAUCACUUUGUUUCUCUGUUGUCUUUCCUCCCAAUUGUUUUGGAAUAUGCUAUUUAUGUACAUUGCCCCUGUUCGAGUGCAUGCAACAGUUUUGGAGAGCUUUACAUGCAGUGGUUUGAGUCCCAGAGUUAAGAAGCAAAGGCGCCAAUGGUGCAGAGAAAGAAAUGAAGCUUUAUUGUAUGAACUCCAUGGUAAGAUAGGAAAGUUACUCAGGGUGCUGAUCUAAUCUAGCUACCUCUUGGAAGGCUGAGACAGGAUUGACACAUUCGAAGGGAUACCAAGAUGCUUGUUUAUAAAGCUAUUGUCCUCCCACCCCUGUUAUACGUCUGUGUAACAUGGACUGUCUACAAAUGUCACUCUCAACAUGUUGCCUCUGAAAAAUCCUGCAAAUCUCUUGGGAAGACAGGUGGACAAAUGUCAGCGUUCUGGAAGAAGCAAAGACCCACCUUCAUUGAAGUGAUGCUCCUCCGCCAUCAACUCCACUGGACUGGCCAUGUUGUCCAAAUGGCCAAUCACCGUCUCCCAAAGCAGUUACUAUACUCUCAGCUCAAUAACGGAAAACAGAAAGUUGGUGGACAGGAAAAGAGAUGUAAAGAUGGGCUUAAAGCUAACCUUAAAAACUGUGGCAUAGACACCAAGAACUAGGAAGCCCUGGCCCUCAAGUGCUCUAACUGGAGGUCAGCUGUUGCCAACAGUGCUGUGGAAUUUGAAGAGGCACAAAUGGAGGCUAAAGGGAGAAAUAUGUCAAGAGGUGGUGCACAUCUUAUCUCUCUGGCUGGUUAUUUAAUGUAGUAACUGGAGGGCAUGUAUCUUCUUUUUCCUUUUUGGUUGGAGUUCCACAAAGCUCUCUGUUCUGGGCCCUUGUUUGUAUUCUCUUGAUACACUAUCUUUAGGUAAUCUUAUCCAUUCAUAUGGGUUUCAAUAUCAUUUUUAUGCGGAUGAUAUUAAGCUGUAUUUCCUGACUCUAGUAUUUUCUUUUGACAUUGAACAUCAUAUUACAGUAUGUCUCUCUGUUAUUCCAGCAUGGAUGCUUCAUAGCCAUCUAAAAUUUAACACUGCAAAAGUAGAACUGUUUAUUUUUCUUCUGAAACCUUUUGUUACAGCAUGCAUUCUCAAUCAGUUUUAAUAAUUUUCCUAUUUAUCCUGUGAAAGAAGUACAUUUUUCUUUCUUUUUGACUCAUCAUUGUCCUUUGUCUUUCACACUAAGGACAUAGCAAAGUCAUGUCGAUCUUUCCUUUAUAAGACUGCCAAAAGAAGACUUUUUUUCUGCUUCCUCUUCUAAUGUUCAUGCAUUGAUUAUUGCAGUCUUCUUUUGAUCUUCCAUUAUCUCACCCUUAGUCCUCUGGUUUCCAUUCAAUGUUCAGUUGUCAAGAUUAUAGUUUUGAUUGUGUUACUCCACUUUUGAUAUUGCUUUAUUAGUUAUCAAUAUAAGCUUCUUAUUUUGGCAUUCAAACCCCUACACAAGAGCUGCCCCCAUUUUUCAGCCCUUAUUUCUUUUACUGGCCUGCUUGAGAUUUGCAUUUCACGACUUCAUCCUUUCUCAUUUGUUGAUCCAUACUCUUGGAAUUGUCUCCUUGAACAUUUGUGGACUGCUUCUUCCCUUGUUCUUUUAAAAUCUCAGUUGAAAUCCUUUUUGUUUUCACAGCCUUUGGAAUUUUAGUUUGACAUUGUUUUGUGUGUUGUCGAAGGCUUUCAUGGCCGGAAUCACAGGGUUGUUGUGAGCUUUCCAGGCUGUAUGGUCAUGUUCCAGAAGCAUUAUUUCCUGAUGUUUCGCCCACAGCUAUGGCAGGCAUCCUCGGAGGUUGUGAGGUAUAUUGGAAAAAACUAAGAAAGGAAGGUAAACAGCAACUAUUAUUAUGGUAUUUCUAAAUUAAAUCACAGAUAUAUUUACAGCACAUGAAAUUUUAUGCAAAUCUGUAUUUCUUCACCUUCCCAAUUUUUUGCUGAUGUAAAUGUGGUCACCUUUUUUUGUACCUUCCUUCCCCUUUGCUAUUCUGUCUAGUUUUUAUUUUAGACUGGAAGCCUGCAGGCAAGGCCAAGUGCAUUUUUAUUUUUAUACUUGACAUACAGAAGGCAUUUCACAUGAAGGGCUAAGUGAUGAAUGAAUAAAUGCUGAGAAUGUA